AUGACCAACGAGCCUCAAGAUGACGUUGAGUUGGAAGAGAGAAAAGGAAAUAGUGAGACGGUUGAACAUGCCGCCACCGCCGAGGAUAUGCCAUCAGCAUCCAAGGGCACGGCGCCCUUGAUGCGGUCGGGACUAGACGACUUGAGCGUUUGGCAGAGUGUGAGACGAUACAAGAAAGUCGCUAUUAUAGCCAUGUUUGCUGCUUUCAGUGCAUCGCUCGAUGGAUACCAAAUCAACCUCAAUGGCGGCAUCGUAGCGAACAAGGGGUUUAUCCGCCAGUUUACUGCCCCAGGAACGACCAUAAUCGCUGGAAAAUACGUGUCUGCAUGGGGUGGCAUCCAAUCCGCUGGACAGACAAUCGGACAGAUUCUGCUUCAAUAUGCUACCGAGGGCUUUGGUCGUAAGAUUGCCCUCUACAUUAUCUGGAUCACAUUCUGUGUGAGCAUCUUUAUCGAAUCAUUUGCAACCAAAUGGGAUCACUGGCUGGCCGCGAAGCUCUUCUCAGGGAUGGGCGUGGGAAUGCUCCAAGCUACUCUGCCUCUGUAUCUGUCUGAGAUUGCGCCGACUCAACUAAGAGGCUUCUUUAUCAAUGCAUACAGCUUCUGGUUUGUCGUCGGUCAACUAUUUGCUUCUGUAGCUCUCAACAGGCUAAACGCUUCUGAUCCGUGGGACUUCCGCACUCCGAUCUAUACUCAGUGGGCGAUGAUCGGUGCCACCGCAGUUAUCUUCCUUUUGAUCCCAGAAACCCCGUGGUGGCUGGCGAGUAAGGGCAAGAUUGAUCAAACAGCCAAUGUUCUGCAGCGAUGCAACGGGAAAGUGGAGGGAUAUGACAUUCAGGAGCAGAUCGACCAGGAGAUCAUGACUGCCACCAUCCAAGAGGAGCGACAAAUCGCAAGGGAAAACGCACAAGAAGGACCGUGGUCUGUCUUUUGCGGCCGCAACUUCAUCCGAUUCAUCAUCGCCGCGUGGCCGAAGAUCACUCAGCAGUUUGUCGGUCUAACCGUGUUCAACACCUUUGCUACAUACUUCUUCCAGUAUGCAGGAAACAAGGACCCCUUCCUAGUCACCGUCAUCCUGUCCUGUGUCCAGCUCAUAUCCAUGAUUCUCACUGCCACACUCACCGACCAGUUUGGUCGUCGGCCACUGACAGUCUACCCGUACGGCGUGACAUCGCUGUCGGUUCUCUGUCUCGGCAUCAUCGGAUGCUUUGACUACACCAAGCCGUCGUUGAGCUCUCUCCUGAUCUUUUUUGCCUGUCUGGCUACAUUUUCGACGACUGGCGCGUCCGCCAUCGGCUAUGCGUACGCAGCAGAAAUUCCCCAGCAGCGGUUGCGUGCGCAGACGGCUGGAUGGUCUCUGGCCCUUUCGAAUCUGGUGGCCAUUAUGUUCAACUUUUGCACUCCUCUGAUGAUCAACGGGUCUGCGCACUGGGGUGUUAGGACCGGCUUCUUUUUUGCAGCAACUGGCACAAUUUCUACGGUUAUUGCGUGGUUCAUCCUCCCAGAGGUAGCCCGCCGAACACCGGGAGAGAUCGAUGAGAUGUUUGAAAAGAAGGUCAAUCUGCGCAAAUUCGACAAGUACUACACGGAUGCCCAGAGGAAUUCAGAGCGCAGUUUCCAUGCGUAG